UACUUCCUGAUUUGAUUGAUUGAUGGGCAAAGAGAAGCUAGGCUAGGCUUACUCCUUCUCCUUUCCCGCUCGCUCGGCCCUGGUUUUUUUCUCCCCCCAUUCAAUUCUAACCCAACCUAUCCCGUCACGCCCUGUCCAAGUCGACGAGUCGUUCAUCAUCUUAACCACCACCACCUUUUUCCCUUUCCUUUCUCCCUCUUACCUUUACGGUACCUCUUCCUAUUUCUUCCUCCGCCUCGAUUUUCCCGUCUGCCUUGCAGCGGCUUUGGUCUCGACAGCGUUCUUCCGGUCCGUCGUGUUAAACUCGUCUCUCGUCUCGUCACCGACUUCUUGCGAUUUUUUAAUUCUUCGCACUUUUUCUCCGAGACCCUCGCGUGGUUUAUUCCCGAGAAUACGGCCCGUGGCGAGUAAACGUAAACCUUGCCUUGCGCUCACUUUUCCAACGAAGCGGAAAAAGGUCACCGACGAAGCUUAAUCAUAUUCUUAUCUCUCUUGGGUGAGUCGAGACCUCGACGCACAGGAUUAUGGUCGAUUUGUCAACGUGUUGCCACGAGGGGCCCCGGAGCGUUAGGUGGUGCCUUUUGAUGGAUCCAUGUCUUAGCUGGCCGAUGGUGCGCAUCUUGACGUCGGCCACAGCGGCAAAUUUCCUCAUCACCUUUCGUAUUGCCCUUGUUUCUGGCACCGUCCUCGCAUUGCGCUGCACAUCGCCGUCGCAUUCUGUCGUCAACAUUCCGCAACAGCACCAAACUGACCAGACAUUCUAUCAAUAGACCCUUAUUGUCCAAGAUUUGAAAGAGCCCGAGCCGAAUCGUCUACGUCCCGGUUUUUCCCAUUCAACCCCGAGAACAUUGCAACAUGUCCUACUACGACAACCCUCAGGCCCAGUGGUCGUCUUCUACCCCCAGCACCCAGCAGAAUAACUGGGAGCACCAGGGUUCGACUACUCCGGUCCGCGCAGGCGCCAGCGGCCCUCAGCCCCAGGAUGACUACGCCUUCUCGUAUCAAUUCGAUGGUAUGUGAUGGAGCACGCUCAGAGAUCUUGUCGAGUUCGAUUGUCCUCCAAGCCUGUGCUGAUGGCACGACUUGGCCGGCAUAUUCGAAAUCCGAACAAGACUCGACUCUACGAAUAAAUCAAACUGACCCAAUCCCAGAGGUCGAUCGAGCAUACGAGAACUUGCAAAAGUCUGGCAAGGGCUAUGGAAUGGGUGGUCGCCACUCCCGUGGUUCUCAUCACACCCCCGGCCCCCGCCCGCACUCGGUAAACAACUUUGAUGACGCCCGUGGUCAGGGACCCAAUCUGCAAAACUUCUACGCAAACCAGCGUCAUCAACCUUCACGAGGCUCCAACGAGGCAGAGCAGGUCAUGCAGGCUAAGAGACGGAUGGCAGCUCAGCGGGAGCGAGAGCUUCGAAACCUGCACACAGAGCAGCAAUAUCAGCGAACCGUCCUUUCCGAGGUGCCUCUGCCGCCCAACAAGCACAUGUCUGAGGAGGAGACGCGAGAGUUGAUUGCCCGUCAACGAAGUGCCCUUUAUGGUGAGGGUCCUUUUGCAGACAAGGCAGGAUACGUGGAUGAGACUGGUAAUGUCCGCACAGGUGCCCCUGUCCCUAGCGGACCCUCAAGCAUCCGUGGGCACUCCCCUCUUGCCUAUGACAGCGUAGGCCGUGCUCCCCCUACUGGCGAGGCUGGCACUCCCGCCUCUGGUGAUGCACACGGUCCUCCCACUGAGCCCAACUCGCGACCUCACAGCACAGUCAGCCCACAGGCUGCUGGACCCACAAACAAGGUCUUUGACAACGCUGUGGGUAACCAGAGCCGUACAAGUACAUCCAGCCCAACCGGCGGCUCUCCCUCUCGGGAUCUGACUCCUGGUUCCAAGCCCAACCAGGCUGGUGCCUCUGUAGCUCCAAUUGGAACUCGUCCUUCCGGUACACCCACAACUUCAGCUUCAUCGAAGCGAUCCACCACUCCUCUUGCCUCCCCAGGUGGCUGGGGACGUGGCAACGGUGUCUGGGGUCAGUCGUCCGGUCUCGGCGCUCCUGCUAGUGUCUGGGGUUAGAAAGGUCCGCUCACUGAGGAUUAGGGGUAGCAACAAGGCGCAGGAUUUGAAGUUGCAUUUGGGACGGCGCAGAGGUAAACGUGCAUUGCGGUCGGUAUCUUUGGCGAGUACGGUCUUUGGCAACUCACAUCUCGAGUUGAAGACGGUGUGAACAUUGCAGGGCACUCGGAUCUGGCGAGAGCCGAGUGAUACAAUCAAGGUCACAGGUGUUGAAGGGACGGCAUCGACUAGGGAGUUGACAUUGUUUUUCAGUUUUUUUUUUUUUCAGCAGGAGGUUACGAAUUGGUGAACUGGGAGUUGCAUUCGAACAUUACUGGGGCGUCGCUAUAUCGUCUCGUUUAUACUUUGAGGGCAGGAAAAGCGGUGUCGGGUAUGAAGAAACGGACAGGAUGGAUACAGUCUCAGUCUCGGGAUUGAGACGAUUCGGAGUCUCUGGCCUUGACGACAUUGUCGGUCUGGCUCACCGUGGGAGCGGCAACUAUAUACCCAACAGGGCGGUUCUUACGGCGUUCACUCUGUUUACGACGACCGAUCAGCCUGCGAAAUCGACUACGGCAUGUGUUAGCAUCAACUGCGUGGCGCGUUCGGAGUACCUUUCACGAUGGAGGCAUUUGAGUUGUCGGUGCGCAUACCAUGGCAAUGGAUUGGAAGGGAACCUUCAAGGGCUUGUUUAUGCUCACGAAUCGGCAAGCGAAAAGGAAUGUGUUUAUAUACGGCGAAAACACCAUAAAAAGACUAAAAAAAAGACGAAGACAAAAAUGGCAUCUCAAGGGGUUCAAGGUGGAUCAAGGUUAGGGUCAGUUAUCUUUCAUGUCUCUCAUUUGUACUGGUUUGGGGCAAGGUUUCGGUUUGGGACAGGUUAUAGGGAAACGGUUCUAUAAGGGUUGUUUUCGCAAGGGAAAGGAGAAAUUGUUUUCUGAUUUCGAGAUGAUGCUUAGGCUGGUGUAGGCCGGGUUGAUAGUAAUUGCGAGAAAGUUCGGGGAUAAAGGUAAUGCAAGUUUAUUACGGAGUUGAUCUGUCGGACGAGGAAAUGUGCCUUGUGAGACAUGCAUGCUGUGCGAGGUGGCGAUCGAGGACGAGAUCUGAACAGAUCAGAGGAGGCCCAGUCACCUGAAGGACUGACGCCUGACAGUAACAGUACUUUCUCGAGGCGAUAAAAAUAAACAAUCAGAUCAACUAGGGAACCUUAUCUCGCGUUGAUUAAUUAACGGUAGCAGAUUGUGCAAACGAUGACGAGAA